AUUGAGUCAGAGGAGAUGCAAGGAUGGCACGCAAAUGUUUGAUCAUCAGAUUUUAAAAUGUGUCAUGAUUUGAUUAUUAUUGUACUUCCGCAUUACUCUGAAAAUAUUUUUAAAUGGGUCGCGAUCCAGAGUCUGUAAAUUUGAUAUUUAUAAGUAAUUGUCAUUUUCAAAUGUCAAGCGAAAUUUUUAUUUAACUCUCGUUUCACCUUAAUUCGUGUAAUUNGCAAAUGUUUGAUCAUCAGAUUUUAAAAUGUGUCAUGAUUUGAUUAUUAUUGUACUUCCGCAUUACUCUGAAAAUAUUUUUAAAUGGGUCGCGAUCCAGAGUCUGUAAAUUUGAUAUUUAUAAGUAAUUGUCAUUUUCAAAUGUCAAGCGAAAUUUUUAUUUAACUCUCGUUUCACCUUAAUUCGUGUAAUUUCGGGUUAUACGGAUUGGGGUGUUACAGAUUUCCAAAGAGAAUUGAGGGCUCUAGAUCAAUUUCAGUCCCAAUAGGAAUGAAUUUUCAGUUGCUCAGAGUUUUCACAUUAAACCUUCAAGAAUUCUACCGUGGUGCACUUGAGAAAUCGAGACUAUGCUCAUCUAUUGAGGAUGGUUGUAGGGCAGUUGAGAAUACGUCAAUAUUAUGCUCAGUUGAUGCUAGCAGUAUGUCAAACAUAGGAUGUGGAGACUGGUUACCACCCUUAGUGAAACCAGUUUACCAAGAAGUUUCAGCUUCCAACUCUUUUCUUAGUUGGGAAAAUGAAUCUAUCAAGAAGCCCAAAGCUGUUGAAAGAGAAUUUGCAUUGCUUUGUACUGGUCCAAGUUUAGACUUGGAUGAGCACUCAUGUUCUAAGUGUUUGUUUGCAAUGGACACCGAGUCACUUACUUCUGAGUUCGGUUUACAUGCUCUCAGUAGUGCAAUCCCUGCCCUUCGUGCAGAUCAGAGUUUAACAGGAUUGGAUAAGGAAGACGACACUCUCCUCUUUAAAGAACACUGGGAGGGAGCAGAGGCAGACAUGGGGUGUGAAGCACCUCUCGACCGACAAUAUAUUACAUCUCAAGCAGUUCUUACUUUCAUUCCCUGCUCCCUUAAUCCAUUCGGGAUUCUUGAAUCAAGUGAGGACCAUGAGGAAACCCUAAAGGCAUGUAAUCUCAACAGUGGAGGUGACAACCUGAUGGAUUUAUUUAAUUGCUCCUCUACUGCAAGGAUGAUGAAACUAAAUGCUCUUGAGGAUGCAGGCCCGGAAUUUGAAGAACCUGCCCUAUACACUCACUCAGAAGGAGAGAAAACUGUUUUUAUUGACUCUAAGCUUGAACCUUUUAGAAUCAUAACUCCUAGUUCCUCUAAAAUGUCAUUGCAGCUUCCAAAAUUAGCUAAGGGUAAGGCAACCUACUCACCUUCUCAUAUGGUUACCAGAAGUAGAGCUAAGAUGAUAGCAGCAGGAAGGAAAGAGCACCCCAUUAAGGGAGUUGACACAUCUGAUGAGGAAAGAGAAUCUUUCGUAGAAGGCAUCCGCUCCGCUUUCAAGAGGAGCUGUCCGUCAAUCAAAACGACGGAUAUCCAAACCUGCACUCCAACCCCGAAAUGCCAAAAAAAGAAGGCAAAGAUGAAACUCAAACAGGCUCGGGCUGAGGAGAUAGCACACUUAGCCGUCAAUGGGAAGAAUUCACUUGAUACUGAGAAUUUUGAGGAGUUUGAGGAUGAUUUGGAUAACUUGGAGUUCUUCUAACUCUUUUCUCCUUUUUCAUAUUUUCCUCGCCCAUUAGGGGCAGAAUAUCAGGACUUUAUUUUAUUUUUUUAGCUUUGUUGGGCCUUGUUUGGGUUUAGCCCACCCUAUCCCUUUGUACUAUUUAUUUCAUCUUUAAUUUAAUAAGAUAGAGCGUACCUG